GGGGCCCUGGAGAGCUCGCCACCAGCACCGAGAGAUGGCGGAUCCAUAUUCCUUCAGAGGUGGAAGGAGAGCUGCAGGGUCCAGCAAAACCAGCACAAGCAAAGAAGGCAGCAGGACAGAGAUGAGGGUAAAUCCGACCCCUGAGCCCCCCAAGCUGGGAAACGCAACCAGCGACAAAACAGAAGGCAAGAAGAAAGGGAGACCUAAGGCAGAAAACCAGGUGCUGAAAGACAUUCCUCUGCCCCUGAUGAACCAGUGGAAAGAUGAGUUCAAGGCCCAUUCCAGGGUGAAGUGCCCCAAUUCAGGCUGCUGGCUGGAGUUCCCCAGUAUUUACGGCCUGAAGUACCAUUAUCAGCGCUGCCAAGGGGGGGCGAUCUCGGAGAAGCUGACUUACCCUUGCUCUUACUGCGAAGCUGCCUUCACAUCCAAAACCCAGCUGGAAAAGCACAGGCUCUGGAACCACUUGGAUAGGCCGGUACCAGCUAGCAAAGCAGAAAACAAAGUGCAGAAAGCCGUUGGCAAGGCCAGUGGCAAGAAAAGAGCUGCUGAGAGUUCAGAUUCCCCCACCAUCCAUCCCAAACAGGCCAAGGUGGAGAAGACUGUGGUCCCCGAGAAUGGAGAGUGCCUGGUGGAGAGCAGGAAGAACAAAGUAUUUCAGAUCAGGGCAGCGGAGGCCGUAGCAGCAGCUACCCCGACGGCCAAGUCUUCGAGCUGCAAGGAUCCCAAACAGCAAGGGGGCAUGCGGGCUUCCCUCCAGGAGGAGGACCCAGAGAGGAUGAAGCACAGAAGGAAACAGAAAACUCCUAAGAAAUUUACUGGGGAGCAACCGUCCAUCUCGGGGACAUUUGGAUUGAAAGGCCUGGCAAAAGCAGAGGACAAGGCAAAGGCCCAUCGAGCCAAGAAACUGGAGGGGACCAGCAACACGGAUGAGCUGAAAAAGAAGCCUCCAGGAGCUGGUGUGAAAAGGGAGGCCGUGUCGCAUUUAUCCUCGGCAAACCCAGAGGACCAAUGGCAGCGGGAGAUCAAUGAGAAAGGAGAAGUUGCCUGUCCUACGUGUGGCGUUAUAACCAGGAAAACCAUUGUUGGGCUCAAAAAGCACAUGGACGUCUGUCAAAAACUGCAGGAUGCCUUGAAAUGUCAACACUGCAAAAAGCAGUUCAAAUCCAAAGCUGGGCUCAACUAUCACACCAUGGCUGAGCACGUCAACAAGCCUGGUCCUGUGGAAACCGCUGGAGUUGGUGAACAGGAAGAGCGGGAAAGGCUGAGGAAAGUGCUAAAGCAGAUGGGGAAACUGAAAUGCCCCAACGAGGGUUGCACAGCCAACUUUUCCAGUCUGAUGGGGUACCAGUACCACCAGAAACGGUGUGGGAAGCAGCCCUCUGAAGUGGAGAAGCCCAUAUUCACCUGCCCACAUUGCAGGAAGAAGUAUAAAUCCAAGGCGGGACAUGACUACCACGUGCGGUCGGAGCACACUUCUUCGCCUCCCGAGGAGCCAAAGGUGAAGCCAGAGGCCAGCCCCGUAGAAGAUUUUGAAAGGACUCCUAGUGGUAGAAUCCGGCGCACAUCAGCCCAAGUAGCGGUCUUCCACCUGCAGGAGAUAGCUGAGGACGAACUGGCCAAGGACUGGACCAAACGAAGGAUGAAGGACGACCUGGUACCUGAAACUAAGCGACUAAAUUACACCCGGCCGGGGCUUCCGAAGUUAAAUCCGAGGCUGUUGGAAACCUGGAAAAAUGAAGUGAAGGAGAAGGGACACAUCAACUGCCCCAAUAACAGCUGUGAAGCCAUCUACUCCAGCGUUUCUGGCCUGAAAGCCCACCUGACUAACUGCAACAAGGGAGACCACUCUGUUGGGAAGUACCGGUGCCUUCUCUGCCAGAAGGAGUUUAGCUCAGAAAGUGGAGUCAAGUACCAUAUCCUCAAGACUCACUCAGAGAACUGGUUCCGAACCUCUUCAGAGGCGGCCCGGAAGAAAAAGAACAGGGACCAGAUUUCCUCCAGCCAGGAGGAGAAAAAGAAAAGCACAACUGGGAAGAAAAGGGGGAGGAAACCCAAGGAAAGGCCCCCGGAAGCGUCUCCGAAAGGCAAAGAGAGCUCGGCAGCAAAGACUAAUCAUAAGAAAGCCACAGAGCCCUGGGAAGGAUCCAACUGCAGCCCCGAAGGGAGAGAGAGAGGCACCAAGCUACCCACCAACAGGAAAGGGGGAGCCAGUAAGAUGCCUGAGAAAUAAGGAGUUAAGAGACUCUCUGAGGAUUAGUUUACAGGCCAGGGUAACGGGGUGGGGCCCCUCCCGGUUUUCUCUCCCCCGCCCCCUGCUCAUCCGUUUGUUUGUUUUUUUUAAAAAAAAAACAACAACAAAAAACCACUUUAAAAUCAUGGACCUUGUUUCACACUGGAAAAAAAGAAAAGACUGUGUCCCUCCAUCCGUCACCCCCGUGCACAUGCCCGUACCCCUCGACUCCCCUCCACACACACGCGUGUGUGCUUGUGCGUACACACGGGCUGCACAGCUCUUCCACUGACGGGUCACGUAAUGCAGCCAAACCCCUGCAAAGCGGGGACCCCCCUGCUGACCGUUUCCUUCAAAUUCUGUGCGCUGAACUGGUGAUGCUUGAGCAAGAGGAAAGUGCAAUAGAGGCGGGGCGUAAAGGCUUUUUAUUUGGGAUUGCUUGCCGGAUUGCAGUGCCAGCAUAGGAACCUGAUUGGUUUCUUUUUGGGUGGGGCAGGGGAGGGAGGAAAAUGAUCUUUUAGACACCGUC